GUUGCUUCUCCACUGAAAAUAGAUCUAUCAUGUGUGUUGGAGCAUGAUUGCAGAGUUGACUGCAUUCUUAAGGAAGACUAAUCAGCCUCUAAGACAGGCAACAUUGGGGACCCGGAAUUCCCUAAUUGUUGCUUACGGAGAUAAAAUUGGCUCAUCUGCUUAUGAAGUUAUUAUUGUACAACUUGCCACACUGAUAAGUGAUUCGGACUUGCAUAUGACGGCCCUCGCCCUGGAACUCUGCUGCACCUUGAUGGCAGACAGGUCAAGCCCGGUUGUUGGUUUGGCUGUUAGAAACAAACUUCUUCCGCAAGCACUAACGUUAAUUAAGAGCUCAUUGCUUCCGGGGCAAGCCCUUUUGUCAGGUGGGGUUGCAAAACAAGCUUUGUAUUCAAUAGCUCAAUGUGUGGCUGUCCUUUGCCUUGCUGCCGGUGAUCAGCAAUGUUCAUCUACCUUGAACAUGCUAACUGAAAUUCUCAAAGAUGACAGCAGUACGAAUUCAGCUAAGCAGCACCUUGCAUUGCUGUGUCUCGGGGAGAUUGGAAGGAGGGAAGAUCUUAGCUCCCAUGACCAUAUAGAGAAUAUUGUCAUUGAGUCCUUUCAAUCUCCUUUUGAAGGCAUCAAAUCUGCAGCCUCCUACGCCGUUGGCAAUAUUGCUGUUGGUAACCUGCUCAAGUAUUUGCAUUUUAUUUUGGACCAGAUUGACAAUCAACAGACAAAACAGUAUCUCUUGCUUCAUUCUCUGAAGGAGGUCAUAGUAAGGUAGUCUAUAGAUAAAGCAGAGUUUCAGGAUUCGAGUGUUGAGAGAAGAUACUUAAUUUACUUUUUAGUCACUGUGAAAGCGAGGAAGAGGGUGUUCGCAAUGUAGCAGCUGAAUGUCUGGGUAAAAUUGCACUUAUUGAACCUGCAAAACUUGUUCCUGCACUUAAGCUAUCUGGUCAAAUGACCCUGUGCCGAUUAUGAGUAAAGAGUAUUUUUAACUUUUAUUUUUAAGUAUA